UACUUGGAGGAGUUUUGCUCCAUCCUCUCUCUGACUCCCCAGCGAUGCUGAUCAGACAGGAGGACACACACGAGAGCCGAUGUCCCAUCUCCUUUGGUGCCGCCCUGCCAGUCUGACACGUGGUCCUGCAGAGUGGAGAUGUGGGGGUGCUUGGGGCUGGGCACAGCGAGCUUGGAAGUUCUGCCUGGCUUUCUCCUGCUGGUGGGACCUGCUGGUGGGACCUGCUGGUGGGACCUGCUGUGGGGGCAGUGCUGCAUUCGGCCAUCACCAUUGUUUGUGUUUGCAGGGCCUUGCUCUGAUGCAAAUCCUCCCUGGCUGUGAGGCAGAGCUUGCAAUACAGUCCACGUCUCAUGUUGCAUGUGUUUUUCCGUGAUCAGUAGACUGUGACUGUUGAAAUUGGAGAGUGAGUGAGGCUUUCAACUUCUGUGGGAGCUUUUGCAGUUGAGAGAUUGUACCUGCAAACAGCUGCGGCUCCUACGUCCUUAACGGGCGCCGUGUGAAGACGGACCAAGAACCAGUGGCUGUGAUGAGCAUCUGAAGAGCCCAGGGACCACUUGCCCUGAGGGGUCUGCUGCAGGGAAGACAGCCAGGCUGCAGUGCUGUGUGAGGUCUCUUCACACUCCUGGUUGAAGAUUUUGGGGUCAAGGGAGUGCAGGUUGAAGAGAUUUAUGAUCUGCAGAGCAAAUGCCAAGGCCCUGUGUAUGGGUUCAUCUUCCUGUUCAAGUGGAUUGAGGAGCGCAGGUCACGCCGGAAGGUCUCUACCCUGGUGGAUGAGACAUCUGUGAUUGAUGAUGACAUCGUUAAUAACAUGUUCUUUGCUCACCAGCUGAUCCCCAAUUCCUGUGCCACCCACGCCCUGCUGAGCGUCCUCCUGAACUGCAACAAUGUCGACCUGGGCCCCACGCUGAGCCGCAUGAAGGAUUUCACCAAAGGAUUCAGCCCUGAGAGCAAAGGCUACGCCAUUGGCAAUGCCCCAGAGCUGGCCAAGGCCCACAACAGCCAUGCCAGGCCGGAGCCGCGGCACUUGCCGGAAAAGCAGAAUGGUAUCAGUGCUGUACGAACCAUGGAGGCUUUUCAUUUUGUCAGCUAUGUCCCCAUCAAGGGACGGCUGUUUGAGCUGGAUGGGCUCAAGGUCUAUCCCAUUGACCACGGGCCGUGGGCUGAUGACGAGGAAUGGACAGACAAAGCCAGGAGAGUAAUCAUGGAGCGCAUCGGCCUGGCCACUGCAGGGGAGCCAUACCAUGACAUCCGCUUCAACCUGAUGGCAGUGGUGCCUGAUCGGAGGAUGAAAUAUGAGUCCAAACUGCACAUCCUGAAGAUGAACCGCCAGACUGUGCUGGAGGCCUUGCAGCAGCUUAUCCGAGUAACUCAGCCUGAGCUGAUCCAGACCCAGAAGUCUCAGGAGUCUCAGCCUCAGGAAGAGGCAAAGCCAGCCAGCAGCAAGACCAUGGCUCCAGAGAGCACCCAUCCAGAUGGCACCGAUGAGCCCCCCAGCCAGGGCCACCCUGCAGCCACACAGAGCCCACCCAACAAAUCCAAACCAGCGGCAAAGACAUCAGUGAGCAGUGUCAAUGGGGUGCUUCCAGCAAACCCCAACCCCAUUGUGCAGAGGUUGCCAGCCUUCCUGGAUAACCACAACUACGCCAAGUCCCCCAUGCAGGAGGAGGAAGACCUUGCGGCAGGAGUGGGUCGCAGCCGGGUGCCAGUCCGACAGCACCAGCAGUAUUCGGAUGAUGAGGAUGACUACGAUGAUGAGGAGGAGGAGGAAGGUCGUAACACCAUCAGGUACAAAAGGAAGGGGCAGGUAAAACAAGAGCAUGCGGCGGGGGCUGCAGAUGGCCAGCUCUCUGUCCUCCAGCCCAACACCAUCAACGUCCUGGCUGAGAAGCUGAAGGAAUCUCAGAAGGAUCUCUCCAUUCCCCUGUCCAUCAAGACAAGCGGUGGAGGCACCACUGUGGCUGUGGUUACCCACUCCCAGCCCUCUCCCACCCCCAGCAACGAGAGCACCGACACCGCCUCCGAGAUCGGCAGCGCCUUCAACUCCCCGCUGCGCUCUCCCAUCCGCUCAGCCAACCCCACCCGCCCCUCCAGCCCCGUCACCUCCCACAUCUCCAAGGUGCUUUUCGGUGAGGAGGAUGGGCUGCUGCGUGUGGACUGCCUGCGCUACAACCGGGCUGUCAGGGACCUGGGGCCCAUCAUCAGCACUGGGCUGCUGCACCUCACGGAGGACGGCGUGUUCUGCCCGCUGGCUGCCGCAGAUGGGGGGAAAAUCUCCCCACCUUCCAUCAAACCUGGUGAUGAGGCCCCGGCUGCGAUCAAACUGGAGGAGAAGGAGGGCAGUGAGGCCAGUGACAGCAAAGAGAAGGUGGGACUUGGCAGGACCAGUGAUCACCCUGGGGGGGAAAAGUAUUCUCCCAAGGAGCUACUGGCACUGCUGAAGUGCGUGGAGGCAGAGAUUGCUAACUACGAGGCCUGCCUGAAGGAAGAGGUAGAGAAGAGGAAGAAAUUCAAGAUCGAUGACCAGAGGAGAACCCACAACUACGACGAGUUCAUCUGUACCUUCAUCUCCAUGCUGGCUCAGGAAGGCAUGCUGGCCAGCCUCGUGGAGCAGAACAUCUCUGUCCGCCGGCGGCAGGGAGUCAGCAUUGGCCGCCUGCACAAGCAGAGGAAGCCGGAUCGCCGGAAACGCUCCCGCCCCUACAAAGCCAAGCGGCAGUAGCCUGGGAGUCGCGACUGCGAGUAGCAUCAGCUGGGCUUUGUGGCUUUGGGCAGUGGCGCUUGGAUCUAUGUUGCCCUUUGCCCAAGGAAGAGGGACCACAGGGACAAGCCCUCAGCCGAGGUGGAACCCAGGGACAAAGAAAUCCUCUGAGCCAGAGUUGUGAAAGGCGGAAUCACGUAGUCUCAAGGCGCGUCCCUGCAGCCGCAGCAGAAGGCAAGCGGAGAGCCCAGCUGCCCAACCGUGCCACAGCAGUGCCCAGGGGCCAUGGGCCUGUGUCUCGACACUGUGGCAAAGGACUGCGGCACCAGGGGAGGAGCCCACCUGGCUGGUGGCAGGUCUGGUGUGGUGGAAACACCAGUGAUGCCCACGUGAGACUGUGCUGGCCGCAGCUGGCUGUGGCUUCUGUCCUCCUGCAUCCUGGCCUUCAGUGCUGUCCCAAGGACAGUCGUGUCUGUGUUUUCUAUCCCUCUCCUCCACUUCCCCAGAUAUAUUACUGGUUCUUACCCACCCUUUGGCCAUUCCUGAGGGUGUGGAGGGUGGCACAUGGCUCUGCUAGCAUGGCUGUUCUGCUGGGGACCAGCUCUGGCCCUGACAGUGCCUGUGGGUCAUGCAGGGUCACUCCAGACCCAGUCACCAGGGAAACCCCGUGAAUCGUGAAGAGACCAACUUCAGGGGGUGGUGUCGGUGCUGCUGGGCACAGUGCCGAAGGGGACACUGGGUGUGGAUUCACUCGGUGCAGCUAAAGCAGUGGAGGGAGCCCAAUUCUGCUCCUGCUUGAGCUCUCACUGGUUGCUGAGCCAGAGAUGGCUGAUGUGGGCAGCAGUUGUCUCCUGCCACAGCACCAGGCCUGGCCCACCUCUCGCUGCCAGCUCCUGCACAUGGGCUUCUCCUGCCUGUCCCCAGCAGAGCUCUGGGAAGCCAGAGGGCAGCACCUCUCCGGAGGUGCAGCUGGGACAAGGACCAGCCAGGCCCAGGGCAGCUGCUACAGGACAGGACUGAAUUUUGCAGAUGUGCAGAUUUGUACAAGUCUUAGAUUAUGGAAUGAAACUGUUCUUUUGGUAUUUGUUGAAGGCAAUAAAAUCCUUCUGUUUCUUGCUGUGUCUAAUA